UCUAUGGUUUUAAUUAUUUCGUUAAUUUUACAUUUUUAUUUCAAGUUAUUAGUAGGUAAUAUAUUACAUGCUACACAUUUGAAUAUUAUUUUGUGUAACUAUUAUGAGUAAAACUGUGAUUUGAACAAAAAAAAUAAUAUCAUUUAACUUUUAAGAAUGGUUCUGCCCGUUAAUUCCAUGUCAGAUUCAUUAGAUGAUACCAGUGAAGGUGUUGGAUUGGGUUGCUGUUUAGUAUUGUUUACAGAAUGGAAACAAAUUCUUGACUUUAUUGAUGAAUUACCAGAAAUCUAUUCAAAUGAGAGUCAAAGUGAAAAUUCAUAUGAAAAAUUCAAGUAUAUACUUACACAAUACACAGAACAACCUCAUUUAAUUGAUCCAUAUUUGUGUGAAAUACUUGGAAAAAUUUUGUCCAUUGUACGUGAUAAUUCAAAACCAUCACUACUAAAGCAUAAGGCAUUUCGUUAUUUGUUCUUAGUGGUUAGUGUUAGAGGUUAUAAAGUUGUUUUGCAAAAUUUACCACAUGAGGUAUCUGACCUAGAAAAAGUUUUAAAAAUGUUAGAGGAACAAAAUGAAUCUGAUCAUGACUCUUGGGAAACUCGUUAUUGUCUUUUGUUAUGGCUAUCUAUUAUUGUUAUCAUACCAUUUGAUAUGCGUAAACUAGAUGGAACCAUGCACAUAGAGCGUAAAACUACUUUACAAAGAUUAGUUGAUGUGGUCAUGACAUAUUUGAGUUCUGGUGAUGCUUGUAGAGAUAUGGCUACAGUUUUAGCAACUCGCCUAUUUACUCGAUCAGAUGUUAAGGAAUCACAUCUUCCAAUUUUUUUGGAUUGGGUUAAACUGAAAAUAUCAGAUGAAAAAGCAACUCGAUGGGAGAGACUAGGUGCAAUGAGCAGCAUUGCUGCUAUUUUUAAAGCUGCCAGACGAGAAGAUGCUCAAAAAUUUGUAGAAGACAUUUUUGAAUGCCUAAAACUGUCAAAAUGUAAAAGUGAUACUUUGAGAUUAACACGGAAAUAUUAUAUGAAAAUUGUUCAAAGAGCUGGUUUAACAUUACUAAAAGUACGAAUUGCAACAUGGCGUUAUGAUCGUGGUACUAGAUCAUUAGAACAGAAUUUAUUAAGUACAGAACCACGUCAAAUUGAAACCAAAAAUGUUCUAAUUACUGAAGAAGAUGAUGAUGAAAUUCCUCCACUUUUAGAAGACAUUAUUCAAGAAUUAAUAGAAGGAUUGAAAGAUACCGAUAUUAUUGUCAGAUAUUCGGCUGCUAAAGGAGUAGGUCGAAUUACUGGUCGUUUAUCAAAGACAUAUGGUAAUGAAGUAGUAAAUGCUGUGUUAAGUAUGUUAAGUCCUGAAGAAAAUGAUAAUGCAUGGCAUGGAGGAUGUUUAGCACUUGCUGAAUUGGGUCGUCGUGGUUUACUUCUCAGUGAAAAUUUACCUCUUGUUGUACCUGCUGUUAUUAAAGCUUUGGUGUAUGAUGAACCUAAGGGUUAUACAUCAGUUGGAUCACAUAUUAGAGAUGCUGCAUGUUAUGUUUGUUGGUCUUUUGCAAGAGCAUUUAGUACUAAUGACAUUCAGCCAUAUGUCGAAGAAAUCGCUGGUGCAUUAUUAGCAGUUGCUUGUUAUGACAGAGAAUUAACAUGCCGUAGAGCAGCUUCAGCAGCGUUUCAAGAAAAUGUUGGUCGUCAGGGUAAAUUUCCACAUGGAAUUGAUAUUGUGACAGCAGCUGAUUAUUUUUCAGUUGGUAUGCGUAAUAAUGCUUAUUUAGAAGUAAGCAUUUUUAUUGCUCAGUACAAAGAGUACGAUAAACUUUUAAUCAAACAUCUAUUAGAAAAGAAAAUAGUUCAUUGGGACACAUCAAUUCGUGAAUUGGCUGCAAUGGCUUUGGGAAGACUUGUAGAAUUAAAACCAUCAAUAGCUAAAGAAUCAAUUUUCCCAGAAUUACUAUUAUUAACAGAAACAUCAAACAUUAACAAACGACAUGGAGGUGUUAUGGCUAUUGGAGAAGUAUUAAAUGGGAUAUCCAAGACUUUUGAUCCUAAUGUUGAAUUAGGAGAAGAACUGCUAGAGAAAAUAAUUAAUCUUGUUCUUAACUUGAAAAAUCAUGGAAAAUUAAAAGGCAUCAGUAGUGAGUUAGUAAAAAUGGCAUGUUGUCACCUUAUUAAACUCAUAUCUACAAGUAACAUAAUUGUUAAAGACAAACAAAUUAUAGAUGAAUGGAGAUUAUUGCUAGAAGAUUGUUUGUCAAAUGAAAUGUUAGAUUUACGAAAUAAGGCUGCACAAGCCAUUUGUCCUUUAUUUGAAAAAUAUUAUACCCCUGAUUCAUCUGAUACUGGUAUUAUAAUCAAUACAUAUGUACAAAAAUUGUCUUCAAAUCAUAUGAUGGAACGUAUUGGUUAUAGCCUAGCAUUGGGUUCAUUACCUUCUUCAUUUAUGAAUAAUUAUAUCCUAUUGAUAUUGAAAGGUCUCAUAGACUGUACUAAAAUAACUCGAUUAACAAUCAAGUGGGCUGAAUCUCGAAAAGAUGCUGUAAUUGCUAUAACAAAAAUUUGGUCCAAACUGAUCUCUACACCUAGUUAUGUGGAUAACUGUAUAAAACAUUCAAAUGCAAUUUUACAUUGUUUAUUAGACUGUGCUUUAGAGUAUACUAUGGAUCAUCGAGGUGAUGUUGGUGUUUGGGUAAGAGAAGCUGCCAUCAAUAGUUUAGAGGUAGUAGUAUUGAAUCUGACUGAUAUUCAACCUAGCAUACUAGAUGAAAAUACAAUGAAACAAAUUAUGUGUGCUCUAGUAAGACAAGGUGUUGAUCGAAUAGAUAAAAUUCGAGGACUUUCAUGUAUGGUUUUAACAAAGUUAUUGCACAGGAAAGAAAAUAUUGUUCCUAAUAUUGCUCAUCGAAACGAACUUGAAAAAUUGUUUAGAAAAAAAGAUUCAUUUAAUUGGUUCACAGAAUCUGACUCUUUUUCUGUAAUGGUGAAAUUUUUAAGUAUGCCUGAAUACAAGUACCCUGUUUUGGUUGGUCUAUUAGUUUGUAUUGGAGGUGUUUCAGAAAGUCUAGUGAAAGAAGCUUGUCAUAAUUUCUCUGAGCACAUGAAAUCUAUUACUGAUGAUGAAUUUGAAAAUUUAUGCAAUGACAUUAUUGCUGUAUGGGGUGGUAAAGUAGCUGAAGUUGAUGCUGAUGAACGAAUUCAUCAGUGUAUAUUAAUGUCUAUUGAACGACUGGCUACAGCUGGAGCAUUUAAAGAUCAAUUUGAACGUAAUGAGUCUGAAUUUGCCGCUAAUAUAUUAACACUUGUAAAAAAAGAAGCGGUUUCUUCUAAAGGAGGCUCUACCAAAUUGACAUCAUGCGUUGAAUUGCUUUGUCAUAUAGUACAGGUUCCUGGACAAGUUGGAAUACGUUCAAUGACUCAACUAUCAAUAUUUUUAGCACAUAGAUUUGCUUGGUUACGAAAAGUGGUUGCAGCUCGGCUAGUAGAAGUUUUAAUUGUGUAUUCAGAUAGGUUUGGUGUAUCAGAUGAAAAUAUAAACAAAGUCGUUGAAUUACUUGAAGAAUUUGAUUGGCAAGACUCUAGUGUAGAAAAAGUAAGAGCAGAACGUAACAAAAUUUGUGGUCUUCUUAAUGUACCCAUUCCAAAGGUUGUUGUAAAAACUAAUAAUUUGCACUGAUAGUUCUAUAAAUGUAUUUAUUUUUUUUUAUUAUUUAUACUAACUAAAUUAA